GAGAAUCGAUUGGACUUCCGCCAGGGCCUGCAACUGAAAACAACGCCAACCGUCUCACAAUUUUGACAGCUCUUUUACAUCCGUGCAACAGAGUUGGAAAGCUGUAAAAAUGACUUGCAAAAGGCGCAAUGGAGGACGUUCAAAACACGGCCGAGGUCAUGUAAAGCCAGUUCGUUGCACCAAUUGUGCAAGAUGUGUUCCUAAGGAUAAAGCCAUCAAGAAAUUUGUUAUUCGUAACAUUGUUGAAGCUGCAGCUGUAAGGGAUAUCACCGAGGCUUCAGUCUAUACUCAAUACGUUCUUCCAAAACUUUACGCCAAGCUACACUACUGUGUUUCGUGUGCGAUCCACAGUAAAGUAGUACGUAAUAGAAGCAAGAAGGACAGGAGGAUCAGAACUCCACCUCAGAGAAAUUUCCCUGGACGAGACAACAAUCGCGCUCAGCAACAACAGAGAAAAUGAAAUGUUUCCAUUCGUUUUUACAAUAAAGACCUAAUGUAGAGUA